AUGUCACGAUCCAGCAAAGUCCUCAAAUACUCUAUGGGAGUACUUUCGCUACAUUGCAAUCUCCGGAUAAGGCGAGACUCGUUGACGAGACGAGAUUGCAGAAUCGAAUACAAUUGUGAUUGUGAUCCGUUUUCGGAAGGAGGGCACAUCCGGUUAACCAAAUGGACAUUUGUGAAUGAGUUCGCAUAUUUGGUGAUUUUAAUUUGGAUUGUUUUUCGCAAUGAUAUAUUAUUAGAAUCAUCAAUACAUAUUCUGUAUCUAUCAGAAAUAUCAAGUGACGUCAAAACCGUAGAACCCUUUUGGCAAUCGACUGGUUUGUCUCGACAUGGAAAAGGUAGCGUUGAUCAAUUUAUUUUGAAUUUGUUGGUUGAUGGAUUCGAUAAAGCCACCCUUUCUCCAAAAGCCUAUAAGGAAAGGAUUAAGGCGUGGACGAUUACAGAGCAUAGUUCCAACACUGAUAUGUUGAUUUUUCUUGUCGCGGAAGUUGCUGACAGUAAAAUGGAUUAUAACUCAAAAGGAGAUUGA